GGGUCUCUUUGUGGCAAGGCAAGGUGUGGGUUGCAUCUGGUUAAAUGAGAGAGGGUUGAGAUAGCUUUGUUGAUGAAAUGGUUAUGGAGGUUUUCCCAAGAAAGUGAAGCUUUAUGGAGGAAGGUCAUCUCUAGCAUUUAUGGAGUUGAUCCUCAUGGGUGGUUGCCUAAAGAUUCCAAAGGGAAAGGUAGCAGGAUCAGAUUUUGGCUUGAUAAAUGGAAUGGAGAGGCAACCUUAGCAGAAGAUUUCCCAGACUUGUAUGCCAUUUCCCUUAAAAAAGAAGCAGUGGUGGCAGAUUGCUGGAGUAACGUCUAUAAAACAUGGGAUCUAGGCUUUCGAAGAGGUUUAUUUGAUAGAGAAUUGGAAUGCUGGACGAGAAUGGUUGAACGUUUGGAGGUUUUCGUGUUAGAAGAAGAAUCAGAUGCUGUUGUCUGGCCGCUGGAGUAGAAUGGUCGUUUCACCACGAAUUCAGCCUAUAUGAAAUUAAGAGAAACCCCUCCCAAAUUUAAGUCCUCCUUGAUAACUUUCAUUUGGAAGGACCCUAUCCCGAAGAAAGUAAAGGUUUUCCUAUGGUCUUUGGCUCACCGAGCGCUGAACACCCAUGAGA